CAAUUACAAUUACUACUACUUCUACUACUACUACGGCAGCUACUGUUGUUACUACUACUACUGCUGCUAGUACAUCGAAAGAAGCACAAAAAUGGAUGUUGCAUCGUCGAUAAUUUACUACAUCUUUUUCCUUUCAACACUGAUUGCAGGCUACGGCAUCUACAAAGUUUUCCAAUUUUUCAAGAAGAUAAGAGUGAUUGGAAAAGUGGCGGACACCUUCCCAAUGGAAGAAAAGCAUUGGUUUUGGGGACAUAUUAAACAAUUUCCUGGACUGAAUGAAGAUGGAAUAAAAUUUUGGCACUACAUGAUCGAUAAAUAUCCAAGAUGUUACAAUUUUUGGGCUCUGAAUUGGUUCAAGACAUCCAUUCAAGUUUAUCACCCGGAAACUAUUAGGAGUAUUUUGAAAACUGCUGAGCCCAAAUCGAUGACGAUGGGUGUGUACAAGUAUGGUAAGGAGUGGAUUGGCGAAGGUUUGUUGCUAAGUUCUGGAGAAAAAUGGUCUAGAAGCCGCAAACUACUGACGCCAAUCUUUCAUUUUGAUAAUUUACACAAAUUCCUCAGAGUUAAAAAUAGCUGCGUCGAUACUUUCAUGAAAAAAUUGUCCAAGUACGAUGGGACAGGAGAAAGUGUUGAAAUAACGAGAAAUUUAUCUGCUCUGACUAUGGAUAUUAUCCUUAGAUGUGCAUUUUCUUACGAUAAUGAUAUUCAGGAAGUUGGAGAAAACCAUCCCUACAUGAAAACAGUCCGCGAACUUGGUGAUCUUUGGAUGAAAAGAACAUUGAAACCUUGGCAACAUUUUGACUUCAUAUACAAACUCUCAGCGGAUUCUAAAAAAUUCACGAAACUCUGCAAAUACAUUCACGACAUUUCAGAUGGACUCAUUAAAGAACGGAAGGAAGAAUACAAAACAUCAGUAGCAGAUAAAAUGACUAUUAAGAAUGAUAUCUUAGACCUACUGUUGAAAGCACGCGACGAAGAUGGAAAUGGGUUGUCUGAUGAUGAGAUGAGAGUCGAAGUGAACACCAUACUCUUUGCGGGGCAUGACACAACCUCGAUUUCUACGACAUGGGUGUUGUACAGUCUUGCACAAAAUCCUCACAUUCAGAAACAAUGUCAAGAAGAAAUUGAUGAGAUGUUUGCUGGAAAGACUACUAACGACAUAAAUUGCGAAGAUUUUCAAAAGUUGUUCUACCUAACCUGCUGCAUCAAAGAAUCCUUACGUCUGAACACCACAGUGCCCGCUAUUGAGAGAGAGCUGACCAAACCACUGGUCAUCGAUGGGAAGGAAUGCCCAGCUGGUACUGUACUUUGUCCAAUGCUCUACCAUCUACAUCACAAUAAGGCGGUCUGGAGUGAUUAUGCCAAAUUUGAUCCGGAGAGAUUUUUUCCUGACAAUAUAGAAAGAAUGGAUCCGUUCGCGUUUGUUCCAUUUUCAGCUGGACCAAGGAACUGUAUUGGACAGCACUUUGCAAUGAACGAGAUGAGAGUUAUCCUAUCAAAAGUUCUUCAGAAGUACACAGUCACUCUAGAUCCUGACCAUGUUGUUAGACGAAAACUCGGCUUGGUGAUGACAACCGAGAAUGGUUUGUAUUUGAAAGUAUCUAGGAGAUAAAAGUGUUCGAGCAUACGAUUGAAUUUAGGAUAACAAAAUUAACUGGAACGAGUUUUAUUACGUAAUUGAUGGGACCGAUUUUUUAUUUUGUUGUGUUCGCUUGAAGAAUUUUCUGAAUAUGAAAUUUUUUUUCCAAAAAUGAUUGAUUGUACUAAUAAACAAAUCGUCACAAA